AUGAACGAUCGAUUUAUUGACCAUGUUUUUAUCAAGAAAUCAAACGAAUAUAAACAAUUCAUAUUAUCACCAUCAACUGACCUUGCUGAUAGUGGAGUUGUAAGUCGUAUAACACCAUUGUCAUCAAUAAACGAUAAUAAACCACAGAUAAAUCACUAUGAUAAUUAUGAUGAUGAUGAGUCGUUAACAGCUGAAAAUCAAAGACUUUCUUUUCAAUUAAUUACUAUUAGUAAACCGAUACUAGAAUAUAAAAAAUGUGAAGAAUAUGUGCAAUAUUCCAAUUGUUUGAUAACUCAUCUCGAUCAUCCUUCUGCUAUAUUUAUGCAAACACUUGAUGAUGGUUUUGCUUUUCAACAAAUGCAUCAAGAUAUGAAUCGAUAUUAUAUGAAUAAUUUGAAUGAAUAUUCAAAUCCUUCAACAAACUCUUUUGAAAUAGGCAAUUUUUGUAUUGCUUAUUCAUCGCAAUAUUUUGAAUUUUUUCGUGCUCGGAUUUUAAAUAUUGAUCAUAGCAAUAAACAAUGUUUAAUUAUAUAUGUUGAUUUCGGAAAUUCAGAAUGGAUCCAUAUAAAGGGUAUUCGUCCGCUUCAUGUUGAAUUUACAAAAUUAACAAUUCAAAGUAUUCCUGUAACACUCUCUCAUAUUCUUCCAAAAAGAGAUCCGCAGACAGGUACAAUCAGUUGGAAUACAAAUAUUGGCAAACAAUGUACACGAAGAUUACGUCGAUUACUUAUUAAGCCCGAUGGUGAACCGCUUCUUUUUGUUUCUGUGACACUUUUAUCGAAUGAAUCCUGGUGGCCGUUAUCUUUUGUGGAUAUUAAAAUAGAUGGUCAGGAUUUAGCUGAUAUGCUUGACAAUGAUGGAUUUGCUCGUCUUACACGUAAUAAUAAAGAUAUGAAGAUGAUUUAUCCGACUUUUGGUACACAUCCGAGUGAACAUCUUAUUUUUGGUAUUCAACGAUCGAAACAAUGUUGA